CAGGAUCCGUCGCCCAACCGCCUUAAGAGAGUGGUUCUGAUUGGUGAUCACCAUCAGUUGCCUCCUGUUAUUAAGAAUAUGGCCUUCCAGAAGUUCAGUAACAUGGAACAGAGCAUGUUUACUCGCUUUAUCCGAUUAAACGUCCCGGCUGUACAUCUGGAUGCCCAGGGGCGUGCGCGCAGCAGCAUAGCGCAGCUCUACAGCUGGCGUUACAAGAAACUCGACAACCUGCCACACGUUCAGGCCCUUCCCGAGUUUACAUACGGUAAUGCCGGAUUUAAAUACGACUACCAGUUCAUCGAUGUGGGCCCCUUCAACGAGCAAGGCGAAACCGAACCCACCCCUCACUUCAUACAGAACCUGGGAGAGGCCGAAUACGUAGUUGCGACGUACAUGUUCAUGCGCCUAUUAGGCUAUGCUGCUGAGAAGAUCUCUGUUAUCACUACCUAUAACGGACAAGCGGCACUGCUCAGAGACGUUUUCACAGCACGUUGUGGGCAAAGCGGAUCACUUUAUGGUAUGCCGGCUGCCAUAGCAACGGUGGACAAGUUCCAGGGUCAGCAAAACGACUAUGUGCUGCUCUCGCUCGUUCGCACCAAGACUAUCGGACACAUACGGGAUGUACGGCGUCUGGUAGUGGCCCUAUCCCGUGCACGCUUGGGCUUGUAUGUGUUUGGGCGGUUGAGCAUGUUUAAGGACUGCUUCGAGUUGCAGAACGCGAUGGAUCUCCUGGUCAAGCGGCCUACCACGCUGCAGUUGGUGCUGGGUGAGACUUAUCCCUGUGGCAGAAAGAACACCAACCACGCUAAGAAAAACGUCAAAGGAAUAGAAGAUGUUGUAGCAAUGCACGAGUACGUGGCCGGAGUGGCAAGCCAGAUGAACAGGCAAUUGGACGCCUACAGUCAGCAGGCAUCCAAGGCAGAACAAGCCCUUCCAGAAGACAAACAGCCACAAGACCCAGCAGACCCAGCAACCGUGACAGACGAUACGGCUACACAGGCGGAAAGCGUGGAGAGCUCUCGUAUGGAAGGGACUAAUACUGAGAGUGACGUGGCCAAUGGGGUUGCGGAGGGGGGCGAGAGUGUGAGUGGUGGGGCUAUGGACGUGGACGGGCCAACAGAUGAGAUACCUACGUCUGAAGCGAUGGAGACGGAUGGUGUGAAACCGGAGGGCACUGUGACUGGGGCAGUGGCUGAGUCAGUGGCAGAUGGGGAAGUCGUGGAUAAGACAGCAGCUAAUGAUGUUUGAAUACUAAAUACGACACAAGUUGUAGAUGUCGUAAACUCGAACGUUGUCAAUGAGUGUGACAGUUCGCGUGUCAUCUGGCAUUACUAACACCGGAGAUUGACUGUGGAUGAUUGGAGACACGGCAACAGUGUCAAUAAAUACACUCCACAUAUAAGCGUAUCGAGUGUGCUAUAGUUGAAUUUAUUUAGCAUAUUUCGCUAGUGUUUUGUUCGAAUCAGUAUUGUAGAGAUUGAACUGAAGUUGACCGGGCUUCAUCCCUACCGGCUGAAGAUAGUCUUUUGUGUGUGGGCUGUAAGUAUACAAACAUUGAUUAAAGGAAGAUGCGCUGAUUCAAA